UAGGUGCUGUAAAGUAUUGAGGUAAAAUAACAGAGGAGACGUUCCCAUUCCCGGCCGCUGUGCUCUUCCUGCAGUUUUCUCCUUGCCUGUGGCGGUGUUUGCCCGUAUUCCCGCAUGACGCAUUACAACCCGCUUUUUUGUGGUGUUUCUCUUCCCUUUCAUUGCUUUUUAGGCUGAGGGGCGGUAUAUUUUAUGCUAUUAUUAUAGUAUUGUUCUAUAUUCUGCUUCACCUGCUGCAUUUUCCUCACUCAGUUUGUAGCAUUUUUCUCCAGAUAUCCAGGCCUUGUUUCCUUGAGGAGAUCAUUGUUGGAACAUAUUCCUGAAGAGACAGUUCUAACAGUUCUCUAUUUGCGAUAAUGGUGGGAUGUGUAGUGCAUGGUUGUUCUCACAAAAGAAGACAAGGGGAAGCUGCAGUGACAUUACAUAGUUUUCCCAAAGAUAAAGAUGUUAUUAGACGGUGGCUUCUUGCAACUGGACAACAGUACGACAAUUUUGAUAAUGAGGUUGAUAAAAUCUUUGGAUCAAAAAGCAAUUCUUAUCGAAUGUGCUCCCGCCACUUUACUCCGGAUUGCUACAUGACGAAUGUGGUUACUGGAAAGAAAAGGCUGAUUCCGAUAGCUGUACCCUCGGUAUUUCCUCCUUAUCCUGCAGUUGCAGAAACAAUGGAAGAUGUGAGAAUGUUCUCAACCAAAAUACAAUGCAGAUGGAAUUACACUACACCAUCCUGUGUUAUGUGUCGUUGCACUUCCUCAUGGAAGAAGCGUGAUCCUUCUAUAAUUCUUCAUGUUUUUCCAAAAGAACCUGAGAGAAUUAAGCUUUGGCUGCAACAGACCGAUCUAAAUCACAGUGACAUUGAAAAAAUGGUUGAAGAUUUAUCUUCAAAAAAAGUAUAUGACAUAUACAGGAUGUGCUCCUUACAUUUUACACAUGAAAGUUAUAACUAUGAUGGUAAUCGGAGAAUUUUAAAAAAGCAUGCCGUUCCUACUAUUUUUAAAAGAAAAAGACCAUCUGCAGUUUCAUCAAAAUCUUCAGUAUCUACAAAUAUUUCAUUAGUGUCAACACCUGCAAGCUCACCUAGUGAGCAACAUAUUACUGCUACUCUACCUACUGAUGGCCAGAAGCCAUAUUGCGCUGGCACAGUUCAAAAACAUCAGGAUGGGUUUAGGGUUAUUCAACCAAAGACUUCUUCACAGCCCACUAUUCAGCAAAUUACUUUAGUUCCUUUGGUUCCUCAGCGUGUUUUUCUUCAAACAGGUACUGUAAGUCAAAACUCUAAUGCAGUAGUUGUGGACAGAUCAACAACUAUUCAACCGACUGUAACCACUUUUUCUGAGGCUACUCAAAAGCAUGCUGUCUUGCCUGGUGUAAGUCAGCAGUCAUCUGUAUUGAGACCACCUUCUUCAUCUAUUUUGAAAGUUCCAGUAUCAUCAUCAUCAUGUGUUAAGCAAACUACAUCUACAAUUUCAGAGUUUACAGCAUCAUCCCAUGGUGAGCAUCAGGAACCGCUAACGCCUGCUUACUUGCAGCAAAGUACUUCUUCCCCGGUCAAAUUUUUGCAAAAACUUGACUCUUCCUUAUCCUCAGCAUCAAGUCCUACAAUCUCUACCUCUGUAAUUGAUAAGUCUUCCUACAAAACAAUGACAACUCCACCAAGCAGUAUUGCUUUAUCCAUCGUUCAUAAAGCAAAGCCAUAUUCAAGGGUUGCUUUUCCAGUUGCAGGAAAUUUGUCUUCUGUGACACAAAUGCCACCAAGCACAUCUAGCUCAGCACAGAAACCACCCCCAAUGUCUGUUGUCCAUAUUCCUCUCAAAACACCUACUUCACAAACUACAAUCCCUGAUUGUCUGCCACCAUCAAAGAAGAGAAAAUUGGAGGAAAUAGUUUUCUUAGAACACAGUGCAGCAUGCCCUUCUGGAUCAAGUGUUUCUCAUAGCUGUUGUAUGAGCCAAACAUCUGUUAAUGCAGGUAAACUUUAUUUGUUAUCAAAUAGCACACCAUUGGUUCAACCAUCUUGCCUUAUUCACAAACCUUUAAUGGUUGACAAAGGUGUCAACACUGAUUUUGUCACAAAUAGAAAAAGUUGCUGUGUUGCCACAACACACACAGAGGCUAAAGUCUGUAUGAAGCAUUGUAAAAUGAUGUGCAACUUUCCAAGCAAAGAAACUUAUCACUCAGAAUCAGUCAUUUCUGCUGUUAGCCCAGAAGACAAUACAUUUAGUGACUGCAUUCCAAGCAGAAGUGAUAGUGAAAAUGAUCCAUGUGUAGAACUCAUUAAUUUAGAUCUUGUUAAAAUAGAAAUCUUACCGGACUCUAUAGUGGAUGCAUCUAUACCUACUGCUUCAGUGAUAAAACAAGAAUACCAUAUUAAAGAAGAAAAUGAUUCAUCUGCAGGGCAGGUAGAUAUACCACCAAGUCCUUUCAAAGGUAUCUUUACAGUACCAGAGCCACUGAAAAUAGAACCCAGUGUAAAAACAGAAGAUGAUGAAGUCCCAAUUUCCACUUCUUCACAAGAUACCACUCACUUUGUAUUACAAAAUCCCAAAAAUGAAAGGACUUCACCCAUUCCAUGUGAACUAUUAACUCCAGUUUACAGAAAUCCCAAAUCAUGGGAAACAUCUUCCAUACAGACCGAUGAUAAGGCAGACCACCCAAAUGACUCCUCAUUCCAUAUCAAUGAAUUAAGUGAGGAUGAGGAUGAAUCAUUCUUGGUUUCAAGUGAUGCAGAAGAUGAAGAUGACAUAAAACAUGCCUUCCAGGACUUGGAUUCACCAGUGGAGAAUAUUGUUGAAGAAGAAAAGUAUAUUGUGUUUGAAUCCUGUCUUAAGAAACUGAUAAUGAUGAUCCCGUGUAGAUCCGAAACAAAAUGUAUGUCACUACUCACUCAAUACAGAAAGGAAACUGUUGGAUCAUAUUUGUCAGUAGAAGCUCGUUGCAGUUCUGGUCAUACAAGUUUACUGUGGGAAAGCCAGCCAAGACAUGGAUAUGAACCCUUGGGAAAUGUUCUGUUAUCUGCCGCAGUGCUAUUUAGUGGUUCCAGUUUUGUAAAAUCACAACAUAUGUUUAAAUUGAUCAAUUUGAAAUCAAUAGACAAAACUACCUACUCUAGAAAUCAGUCUAUGUACCUGUUUCCAGCCAUCAGUCAUCACUGGAAGGAGGAACAAAAAGCAGUCAUUCAAAGUGUCCAGGAAAUGCCACUUUGCUUGGCAGGAGAUCAACAACUAGACAAUCCUGGAUUUUCAGCAAAUUAUUCUACAUACUCUUUGAUGGACGUGGCCAGCAAAAAAAUUUGUUCGUUUUCAGUGGAGCCGGUGACUCCACGAGUGACAUUAGAAGGCCUAGAAAAAAUAGGAUUCCAAAAGUCAAUGGGGGAACUCCAAACUAUGAAUGCUGAUGUGAAGAUAAUUGUUACUGACAGGAGUAUUGCUAUUCAAGAUAUUUUAAAGGACAGAUAUCCAGGUAUCUUACAUAAAAUAGAUCUAUGGCACCUAUCCAGAUCAAUUGGCAAUGAAGUGUUAAUGGCAGCAAAACAUAAAGGCUGUGAAAUCUUAUAUCAAUGGGUGGAGGCCAUCAGAAACCAUCUUUGGUGGAGCUUUAGUACUUGUUGCAAAAAUCCUGAUUUGUUAAUCCAAAAAUGGAAAUCGGUUAUUUAUCAUGUCGCCAAUGUUCAUGAAUGGGAUGGUGAUAGUGAUUGUAGAGCAUGUCAUCAUCCACCACUCCCAGAAGAAGUGGUGAACAAUACAAACUGGUUAAAGAAAGGUUCAGCCGCCCAUGAGCAGCUCAAAAAUAUUGUUGAAAAUACCAGUCUAUUAAAGGACUUAAAACAACUGUCCUUCCUCUGUCACUUGGGAGAGUUAGAGAUAUACCGUAGAAUUUGCCUAAAAUAUAAUCCAAAAUCAUUACAUUUCUUUAUGGAUUCUAUGGUAGCACGUGCACAACUUGCAGCUCUUGACUAUAACAGAAACGUCUAUACUGUUAAGGCAAUGGUAAAAGAUGCUUUAAAUGGAGAAGCAUUAGGCAGUAUGACACAGAGAUUUAAGGUGCCCAAAGGUCAAAAGUCAUGGAUUGUGAAGGCAAUGUAUAAGCCAAGUUGCCAAAACUUUCUUUUUAACAUUAUGAGUGAUGUCAUAGCACUUGUCAAAGAGGAGAAAACAUUUUGGUGACCCUCCACAUAUGAAAAUGCCCUACUUAAGAAGAUACAAACGUGAGCAGUUUAUUUCCACCAGCCUUGAUCUUUCUCUUUGGGUAUAAGGUGGAAAGGUAGAAACCUUUUGAGGACAACCCUGAUGACCUGUGAUUCAGAGAGCAUGAAAGUGAUGACAGGUUCCCUAUAAUUGGGUGAUGAUUGAUAGACCUUUUAAUUUGCAUUUCAACUCGACUAGGUAGCUCAAAAAUUGUACAACAUGCACAGCUAGAUUUAUUUUGCAAGGUUUUUUUGUACCAACAUAUUUCUUAAGUUUCUGGAUCUACUUUUAGUAAACUUUUUUUUAAAUUCAAUAGAGACCUGAAAAGUGUGUUUCUUUGUAUUGGAUGUUGCUGGACAUGUGUGAUGAUUUUAUGAUGAUAAAUGGAAACGGAAACUGCUCAA